AUGCAACAGCACCCAGGUGUACCACCUGGCCAUCCCGGAAUGGCUCCCGGCAUGGCUCACAACCCAAGCCAGCCCGGCGCGCAGCCCGGCGGCAUGCCGCAGCAUCUAGGUCAUGUGGGAGUGUCGGGUCCGGGUCCUCAGGUUAAUCCUGCCCAAAUGAUGGGGGGCUUGCCUCCUGGUGCAGGUCCAAAUGCUCACGCAGCUAUGCAGCACUUGAAUCCUCAACAAGCCCAGAUGUUCCAGCAACACCAGAUGAACCCUAUGGCCUUUGCAAACAACCCGGCGUACCAGCAGCAGCUACAGCAACAGCGGUUUCAGCAGAUACAGCAGCAACAACAGGCUAGGCAAAUGCUCAUAGCCUCACAGGGUGGCAUGUAUGCGGGAGGUAUGCCCAUGGGCGUACCUCCAAUGAAUUCUCAGCAGGCCGCUCAGCUCCAGGCUAUGCGCAGGAUGAACCCUAUGCUGGCUCAGCAACUAGCUCUGCAGCAACAGCAGAUUGCGGCCAACAACCAGCUCGCUCAAGGCCAGAACCCGGGCCAACCUGGACAGAUGUCUCAGAUGCAACAGCAAGCGCAGAUUGCCGCUGCGAUGCAAGCACAGCAACACCAACAAGCCGCCGCCGCUGCAGCAGCGCAACAGCAGCAGCAACAGCAGCAACAGCAGCAGCAACAGCAACAGCAGCAACAGCAAGCCCAACAGCAGCAGCAAACCCCGCAGGGACCGCAGCCACAAGGCCAACCAGGGCCGCCCCAACCACAAACACCGCAGCAACCAGGCCAGCCCGGUCCGGGACCCAAUCAGCAAACGCCAGGUCAGAACCAGGCUCAAAAUGGACCGCCCAACCAGCCGCAACCUGGCCAGCAGCAGACCCCUCAACAGAUCCCACCACAGCAGAAUGCCAUGGCGAUUCAACACGCGCAGCAAGCCGCCGUCGCAAAUAGUUUGCUACAGCAGCAGAAGCGCAUGGGAAUGAAGGGGCAGUGCUUGCUCAGGUUGAUGCAGUUUAGCGAGCAUCUGAGCGGAUUCCCCGGAUCUCGAGGCAAAGAUGACAUCUCCUACUGGAUGGACUUUGUUCAUCAAUUCUUCUCGCAACGGGGUGUCUUCCGCCUUGCCAUGCAUGUCAUGGAUGGCGAGGAGGGAAACGACAAGCAAUACGAAAUCUCGUUCGCGGCGCUCCCUCGCUAUUUCCAUACGAACUUCGACAGUGGCGUCAAGAACAUGCAAUUAAUCAUGGAUAAGGGGACAGUGGACAAGCCACUGCCUGGGGACUGCCACUAUAUCGAGAACGGGAAGGCCAGUAUAGUCUAUUGGUUCGAAGGUGGCUCCCACGUCGUUGCGAAUGGCGUCCUCCGUGCGCAGUUUGACGCUGAGCAGAAGAUUGAGCAGCUUGAAUUUGUGUGCACAGGACAUGAAGAAUACAUCUCGCGGAGGCUGGUCAUCCAGGCAGCCAAGCCCGCACACAAUUGGGUCAAGGAAUGGCACAAGGUCAACUCUGUGGAUGGCAAGCAGUCGCCCGAGAUGAGCAAGAAGGGCAAGGCCAAGACGCUCAAGUCGCCCCAGAACGCCCCGCCUGAUCUAGACCUCCCUCAGUCGGCUGUGAAGCAAAGCGUCGGAGUCACCGAAGCUGUGAACCAGUUUCUUGAGAUUGUGGAGAUCAUCGGCCAGAUGAAUCCUCUCUUCAACUUCUGCCAUGCCCAUCCGGGCAUGGCGCCGUAUAGUGCCCUUGACCAGUAUGUUAACAACAUCAACGCCAUGACGCAGAACAUGAACGGUCAGGCCAUGCCUCCAGGGGGCCCGCGCACGCCGGGAUUCGGCGGCUUCCCGAUGGGCGCGAGCCCGCAUGCAGCCCAUCUGCAGCUGCCGGGUUCCCCACACGUCGGUAGCCCAGCACCGGGUGCCAUGCAGGCGCCUAGCAUGCAUCCCUCGCAGAGCCAGCAAGGCACCAACUCGAGCGGGCCCAGCGCCAACACCUCACCAGCAGGCACGAAGCGCAGGAGACCGUCGGCCGUCAAGGCAGAGGACAACACCGACACGCCCGCUUCGGCGCCAACCCCUUCGGGCGGUGCCCAGGUCAAUGGUGUGCCUGGAGGCAAGGGCAAACCCCCGACUCCAAGAAUGCAGAAGCGUGCCAAGGGUAACCCGGCGUGA